AUGAACAGUGAGUACUAUACACAGCUACAGAGUUCAACCAGUGUUGCUCAACCAGAGUGGCAAGCUUCUGCUCCUAUAUACUCAGAUCCUCAUGCCUACCCAUCGAACUAUUUCAUGAAUAUUGCACCAACAACUUUCAUUCCAACACCACCAGUGGAUUCAUACUUAUAUCCAAAUAAUCUCGGGACAUACGGCGCCGACAAACAAGUACAGUGCUUAUGGGAGACGAAUGGGCAAGUAUGCAUGCAGAUGUUCCAGGAUCCGGGGGAGCUGUCGACUCACUUGAGCACACAUCAUAUCACACAUGAAUCCAGCAAAUUUGUUUGUUUAUGGAAAGGGUGUGAACGAAACUUCAAAAUGUUCAAGGCCAAGUACAAAUUGGUGAACCACAUGAGGGUCCAUACCGGCGAGCGACCAUUCCUCUGCGAUUCGUGUAACAAGGUUUUCGCGAGAUCGGAAAAUUUGAAGAUCCAUAAGAGAAUUCAUUCAGGCGAAAAACCAUUCCAAUGCACACACAACGGAUGUUCCAAGUUCUUCGCCAAUUCUUCAGACCGAAAAAAGCACAUGCAUGUUCAUUCCAGCCACAAGCCGUAUACCUGUGUGCACCCAGAUUGUGGAAAACAGUACACUCAUCCCAGCUCUCUACGUAAACAUAUGAAGAUUCACGAGACUGACAAAAAGGGACAAAUGACGCCCGAACACGACGAGAGCAGCGACUCUGGACACGCUUCAAUUGGAACUCCAACCACUGACGAGAGCUCCACAUUCUCACCGGAAAAUUUGAAGCAAGAUCAACAUCAACAUUUAUAUACAAUGCACAAUUUCAUGGAUCGUCCGAAUCCAUUCAUGCAAAUGUAUCAAAAUCAGUUUAUUACACCUCACUAUUCCAUGGUGGCUCCGAAACUUGAUUAUUAG